UUCGUGAUUGUCAUAUUUUACUCAGCUCCAGCAUAUGCUUGCAUGCUGUACAACCUCCGAAUGCAGUCUACCCGAGUAAAAGGAUAAGAUUCUACCUCAAAUUGGACAAAGCAUUCAUCCCGAUUCUACGCCGCAUUAUUCCAUUCCAUUCCUUCGGCUGAACUUGUCUUCGAAACAAUACUCCGGGACGCGGUCAUGUCAAAGCAAGAGGCGGCAAGGGCGGCCUUGCGUUCUCUUGCAUCACCUCCAAUGAAGUUCGGUGGCUUGGAAGAGAUGACUGGCGGGAAUUCUGGUUAUUCUUCUAUUCAUCAACUCAAUUCUUCUCCACAAGCAUAUCAUGUAUCACAAUCGCAAAGACCUACAUCUUCCUCGCAAUCAAGCUCAUUCUUUGGCAAUGGGUCAGGAUCGCAAAUUAUGGAUUCGCCAACCUCUUCGCCUAGCCUAGCCGCUUUGCAAUCACCUCCGUCAUCCUAUCGAGACUCGUUUGGAACGAGCACGCAAAAUAGUCGCCAAACAUACUCCCAUGGACCCCAUCCCCGAGAUGGCAGUCUUGGAACGCCAGGAACGAGUGAAGUGCCAAGUCUCAGUCUAUCUCACUCGAGCAUAAGUGAUGCAAACCUCUUAUCUCCCUAUCACGAAGGACCGACUUCUCAGAACAACUCCAUCUCCAGCAUUCGAACCAUUCAAGCCGGCCCACACAAUUCUUCCUCCAAACGAUCAGAAGCGAUCCGAAGAGCGGCUGCCUCUAUGCGUAUACCCGUUGAGGAGGUUCAACGUGGAAUGGAUUUCGUAGAAAAGGUGAAUGCAGGACAAGUGGAUGAAGCCAAAUUAGCAGGUCUGGAUGAGAUCGAUCGAGAAGCCUUGCGAAGAAUAAAUGAUGCAGUUAAAUCGGAAGAGGAUAGACUUGCUCAAAUUGCAUCGUUUCGUGCUGCUUAUUUGCAUGCAGAAUCUACAAGACCAGAGAUGGAAUUGCAUCAUAGUCCUGAUCCUACUACAUCUUCGGCACCUAGACGGACAUCAUACCAAGAACGACAAUCUCAUAAACAUCACCAUACAUCCAACAGACGCUCAAAUCGGGAAGGCAUGAUUGGAAUGCCGGAGUCAUCCCGUACAAUGCCGCCACUCUCGCCUCCUCCAUCUUAUGAGCAAUUGGAAUAUAUGGAAAACGAUCAUCCGCACCAUCACUCGAUGCCACCAGCACCUCGCAGUCCUACCGUUGUGCCUUCCCCACGCGCAGCUCUUGAAUCUCUCACAUCUGCCGGCAAUCGCCAUCACCCUUACUCGCAAAACGACGGAUACUCAUCAUUACAACGGUUUUCGUUCGGCACAAACAACGGAUCUUCUCCUUAUCAUCCAUCCACUUCCCAACAUGUGAGACGCUCGUCCGGAUCAAGACCGUUGUCUUUGCCGGAUAGAUCCUAUCGAUCAAUGGACGAUUAUGUCACUGAUCCGUUCAGAAAUGGUCCAAAUAUGUCGGGUCAUUUGCGUAGAAGCGUACAGGCUCCAUACCCUCUUCCUUCUUCAGUCUCCAGAACUGCAUCUAGAAGCCCACUUAUCGGUGAAUCGCCUCGUAUGGGUGGUAUAUUGGAUGUUCCUUCGAGCGAAAGUGGCAAUCCAUCCUCAUCUCCUCUCUUGAGUACUUCCAAUCGUCUCACGCCUGGCUCACAUGGACCGCAACGUAAACGAUCUGGCUCCAACACAAGUAAUCGUAGCAGUCUAAUCUCCCGUCGUGCGAGUAAUGAUGUACUCGGCCUUGGCAUUCCACGAUCGGUUUCACCUCUUAAUGAAUAUUCUCCUUCCAGAUUGAGCCAUGAAGAAGUGAUGGCAAGACUUCAAAAGAAGGUCAAGGAGCGUAUUGCCGCCAAAGAGGCAGCGAUUGCAAAUGGCAGCAUUUCAUCCUCUACGCCAACUUCGCCUGCCGUUUCAAUGACUUCAUUAGGCGCUUCAGCCGUCGGUAAUUCGACUGGAAGACGGCGUCAAGAGAGUCAGAAUUCCAAUACAGGAGUCCUUUCCCCUUCCAAAUCACAACAACGUAAACCGCGAAAAGCAGUUUCGUUGAAAGCAUUGCCUCGAACCAGUCGUCAUGAAGACAAGCCACUACCUGAAUUACCAAUCAAAGGCGGCACUAGCCCUCCACCGGCUGGAGAAGAUGAUCAAAUGUCGGGUGUCGAACAGACUACUCCCGAAUUCGAUCCUUCUGCUUCGGAAGGAAGACUUGGUAUUGAGGCUUUACUGAGUGCGGCUGCCAUUGCUGAUAGUCGGGCAUAGGCACGGUCUCAUCGAACAAUUUGGUUCUCACCUUGACUGCCUGACGGUCAUCUUAUUUCAAUCAUUAUUGCAUUUUUUCCCUCAUAUCAUGUCAUAUUAACGCAUCAUUUGCUUGCAUUUUUGUUCUCAGACAUUCACGCUUUUUUCUCACUUUUUGGGUUUUCGUUAUCAUUCACGGCACAUACACGAAGUCGUACGUCAUCAUUAUUUCCAGCACUUCAUACAUAUCCUUUUUUACCUACUGCAUCAUCACUUU